AUGGAAAAUCCUGAAGAUUUAGAACAUAUAUUAUCAUGUCAUUGGCCUCAUUUAUUUGCAUCAAUAGAUCCAACAACACCAAUAACAUUAUCAAAAUUAUCAACACGUAAUUGGUUAAUAUCAUCAACAGGUGGUUUAUCAUAUGUAUUAAAAAGUGCAUCAUCAAUAUCAACAAAUUCACUUGAUUUUGAACUUCAAUAUUUAAUUGAUUUAAAUAGAUUUUUAUCAAAUGAAUAUCGUGUACCAGUACCAAUAUCAACAGUAACAGGACAAAAUCAUGCAAAUGGAAGAUAUUGGUUAUAUGAAUUUAUUGAUGGAAAAGUUUAUGCCGAUAAUGAUACAUCACAUUUAUUUGAUGAAAAAGAACUUAUUUCAUUAGCUAAAUUAAUAUCAAAAUAUCAUCAAUUUUUAAUGACACAUUCACCAUCAUUAGCAACUAAUAAAAGAAGUACAACUAGAGAACAUCUUCUUGAUGAACUUAAACAAGCUGCUGAUGGAAUUCCUCAAUCUUCAUUAUCAACAACAACGAUAACAACAUCGCCAACAACAACAAGUGGAAUAGAUAUAGUAAGUCAAUAUUUUAUCGGAUGUUAUCCAUUAUUAUGUCGAUUAUUACGUGAUUCAUUAUCUCGUCAACAAAAAACGAAUAUAAUUCGUAGUUAUCCAAUUCAUCGAAAUCUUCGUCCAAGUAAAGUUGUUUGGUCACGUGAUAAUCGUGUUAUAGCUCUAUUAGAUUUUGAAAAUGUUAAUCAUGAUACAUUAUGGCGUGAUCUUGCUGUUUGUUUAUCAACAUUUUGUACAUCAUCAUCACCAUCAAUAAUAACUGAUGUUGAUAGAAUGAGAAUUUUUAUUGAAGAAUAUAUGAAACAAAUGUCUGGAGGUACAGCAAGAGUUUCAUCACAAACUGAACAAGAAGUUUUUCAAUUAAUUGUUGAUGAAAUUAUUUUAUGUGCUAUUGAAGAUUUUACUUUUAUUUAUUGGCAAUAUAUUCAUCAAAGAGAUAAAUUUCAAGGACUUAAAGCUAUGGAAUUUUAUUAUAAAAGAGCUCUUUGGCAUGCUGAACAUGCACUUAAAAAAUAA